GGUAUGUGCUGACAGUUAUACCGCAUUUUCCCUCACUUUCUCGGAAAACUUUCUCUCUCUCUCUCUCUCUCGCGGCCUUCUUUCUUCUUCUCCGUGUUUGACUCUGCCAAAGACGUUCUGCAGAGAAAGAACACAGAGAAGAGGAAGAGGAACAAAGCGCGUUGACGUUUAGUUGGGCCCUGAUAAUGGAAUAUCAAGCCUCUUCUCCUACUCUCUCCAAGAAACUCCCCACUGGACGCAGUUUUAGCUCAAAAUCUGUGUAUGACGGCGUUUUCUCUGCUCCGUCUUCAAAGUUCGGGACUCCGAGUUUCUCUUCUCGGGUUCUGGACUAUAGAGAGAUAUUCGGUGGCUCCGAAGCCUCGCGAGGGUCUUCGAUUCCGUUUCUCGAGGUUCCGGAGCUGAAUGGAAGAGACGUUGAGGUUGAUGCUCGGGGUACGAAGCUCGAUUACUCAAAAGUUUUCGGUGGCUUUGGAGAAUUAGAUUGUGCCGUAUCUUAUGAGGAACUUGUUUCUGAGCCGAAAAAAAGGACUGGCUUCUCUCAGAAAACGCGGAGUUCGGCUCAAGAAGGAUCCUCCUCACAAGGGGCAGAUCCUUCUGAUUGUCAAAAAAAGAACCAGAUGAAUUCACAUGAAGCAUCUCAUCAGUCAUUUGAUGGUGUGAAGAAGUUCAGUACGUCAUACAAUAAAGUCAAUCAAGGAGGCAAAAAUGGGACUAAUGGGGAAACCCACAUCGCUCAGCUUCAUGCUGUUCCUACUUAUACGUGUUUAAUUGAUGAAAUGACUACCUUGCAGAUGAAUGAUGGCAAAAAGCCAGUGUCUUCUGCAGUAAAUGGCAUUUAUAUUAAGAAAGAUUUCAGUGAUGGGUUAACUGAAACUCUGCAUUCCAAGAAAGUUGUGACAGAUCUUCCUGCUGGAGGUGCUAGUAUACAGAAGUGUGAAGGUGUUGUUGCACUUGAAAAGAAAUCCAAUGAGUAUAGGUCCAAUUCAAUUGAUAUGUUAUUUAGUGCAAAUGAAUAUGGCCAUGGACAUUCUUCAAAAAUCUCAUCAUCGUCGAUCCCACUGCCUGAUUUUGGAGGUAGCAAGUGCGAUUCAGAGAGAUCAAUGGCUGCAAAGUUUUGGGAUUCUGAGAUUCAUUUGGAAGGUGCAGAACAUGUUUCUUCACUACCAGACUUUGAUGAGGAAGCAGAUGAAAAUUCAUUUGCUGCUGCCUCGGUGGCUACUUUGAAGAAGGCAAUGGAGGAGGCUCAAGCAAAGAUGAACAUUGUAAAAGAAUCAAUGGCAAGAAAGAAGGCAGGCCUUCAAAAUCAUGCAAAUCUGAGUAGAAAUGAUGGCCUUAAAGCUGACCUGAGACAAGAGGGUAAAGCUACAAAAAAGGCAAAAAGAUAUAAAGAGAAGAAAGAUUCAGAUAUGUAUGAAAAAGAGGAUACUCCAGUGCAAGUUUCUGCUGGCAUGAGAAAGCAAAAUAUGAUGAGAGCAGGCCACAAUUCUGACAUUGGAAACAGGGAGUCACUUUUUGGCACUAAUGCAGCUUUUGGAGAAACUUGCAGGAGAGAAUUGAGAUCAACUCAAGCAUAUCAUAGGCAGGCAACAGCAAAACCGUCGGACGAAACAGAACAGUUUUAUGAACUUGUCAGCACUGGUAAACACAAAGAAACAAUACUAGAGUUUGAGCAAGCAGACAAUACGAAGAAAGAAGGCUUUGAGAAGCCAGAAGAAUGUAGUGAGAGAUUAAAUGCAGUUGUAGAGGCUCAUAAGCAGGUCAUUGAUAGGAAAAUAAAUGUAGUUGAAGCAGCCAUUAAGAUUGAAGAACAUGGAGGUGAAUUAAAAUCAGUUCAACAGGUUCAUGAUCAUGAAGAUUAUGUAAAAUUAAGAAUUAUUCAGGAGCAGGAAGGAUCUGUGAAGAAAGUUAAAGCAUCCCAGGAAUGUGAAGACAAACUAGGAGAUCUUAAGGAAGCAAUAUGUUACGAGGAAAACAUUGAGACCGAGUUUGAGGAAAAUGAAAGCAUAAAGGGGCGGUUGGAUCAUCAUGAGCAGGCGGGAAAUGAAAAGAAAGGAAAAGGGGCUUGUGAAGAGGAAGACAUUCAGAAGGAGGAGGAAGAUGCCUACAUUGGGGAAGACAGUGAAAAACGGUUGAACAAAGUUCAUGUGCAGGCAGUAACUGAGACAAGAUUUAACGACUUCCAAGCUGAGGAAGAAAAGAGGAAGAGUCUUGAAGCAAAUAGUGAUUUGGAAGAAAAUGAGAAGCUUCAAGAGGGUGGAGAAAAUGAGAGGUUGCUUAAAGGGGAUGCUUAUCAUAUUGAAGAGAAAGAGAACAGACAAAAGGAGACUUUUGAAUGGACAGAAGCUGAGAAGAUACAAACAGAUAUUGAUCAGAGUGCAGAAGAUCAAGAAAGAUUGGAAAUGGCCCAAGAAGCUCUUAAUUACGAGCAGAGUCUUCUUGAGGUAGCUGAUGAUUCAUGUAAGAAAGACGAAAGUGAAAACUUGAGCAAAAAUCAGAAAGUCAUAGAAAAUUAUAAAGAUGUGGAAUUAAGUUUAGAGGUAACUGCACAUGAAGAGAAUGGGAGUGGAAUUGAAGUAAAUAAGGCCUCCAUUAAACAAAAGGAGAGUGUAAAAGAGUCUGAAUUUGUUAAAGAUAAAAAUGAGGUUAAAGCAACCAAAGAAGCCUUUUGUUAUGAGGACAGUCUUGAGACAGCUGAUGAUGGAUGUAAGCAGGAUGGAAGCAAGAAGGUGAAUCAAAAUCACAAAGCCGUCACACAAAAAAGGGAUGAUAAGCAUGUGGAAGUAACUUUAGAGGUACUGAAUGGGAGUACAAUUGAAGUAAACGGGCCUUCUGUUGAACAGGAGAAGAAUGUAAAAGAGUCUGAAUGUGUUAAAGAUGAACAUGAAGUAAAAGUAACCGAAGAAGCCCUUUGUGAUGAGUACAGUCUUGAGAUGGCUGAUGAUGAAUGUAAACAGGAUGGAGGCGAGAAGCUAAGAAAAAAUCAUGUAGCCAGCAGACAAGAAGAAAAUGAUAGAGAUGUGGAAAUACUUGCAAAAGAGAAUGAGAGUAGAUUUGAAGUAGAUUUGGCUUCCAUUAAACAGAAGGAGAAUGUAAAAGAGUCAAAAUGUGUUAAAGAUGAAAUUGAGUUAAAAACAACUAAAGACGCACUUCGUGACAAGGACAGUCUUGAGACUGCUGAUGAUGGAUGUAAGCAGGAUGGAUUUGAGAAGCUAAGCAAAAUUCAUGAAGCCAGCCGAAAAAAAGAAAAUGAUAAAGAUGUGGAUGUAAAAGUAGAGGUACCUGCACAUGAAGAGAACAGGAUUAUAAUGGAACUAAAUACAGCUUUCUUUGAAUACAAAGAGUAUGUGAAAGAUGUAGAAUCAGUUGAAGAGGCUAAUGACAUGGAAGAUAAGGAGAUACUUGAAACUGUUGGUUUGCCUCAAAAUACCUUCAGACUUGCUGAGACAAAGCAGCAAACAGAAGAUAUGGUAGAGACUGUUGUUUUUGAGUCAGAAGGAAUAGACUUUGUUAAAACUGACAUGAGCUUUGGGCAAAAGCAAAAUUACCUACUUGUGAAAGAGCACAAAACGGUCUUCAAUCUGGGAAGGAACAUUGAAGAAUUGGCUCCUGAACUUGGGGAAAUAUAUAUGGAUGUCAAGGAAGACGAAGUUAUGGCAGAUUGGGAAGAAGACUGGAAUGAUUCCACAUCUUCUUACGAGGAAAAAUGGGUUGAUGGGAACAAGGUGAAAGCAGAUCAAGAAGAAGAUGGGAGUGAUUCUACCUCUCCUUGUGAGGAAAGAUGCCAUGAUGAUGGGAACAAGGUGAAAGCAGAUCAGAUUCCUAACAUUGUUGAAGGGGAAGGCAAAAGUGUGGAAACAUCUCACGAGAUAAAAAUAACCCCGAUUACAGAAAAAAUCGAGACUCAUCAACCGACUGUGACAAUGGAAGAGAGGGAAAGCAAUGGUGCUGAGCAAAAGUAUGUGGAAUUGGGAAAGGAACAACUUAAUGUUGAUGAUGCAAGGGAAAGGGAGAGAGAGAGAGAGAAGAUGGCUGUUGAAAGAGCCAUCCGCGAGGCUCGGGAAAGGGCAUUUGCUGAUGCCAAAGAAAGGGCUAUUGCUGAGAGAGCAGCUGCCGAAGCUCGUCGAAGGGUGACGAUGGAGGGGCGAGAAAGGUUAGGGAAGACUUCUGUGGCUAAUGAAAAGUCGUCAGCUGAGAAGGCUGCUAUGGAAGCCAAACUUAAAGCUGAACGUGCUGCUGUAGAGAGAGCAACUGCAGAGGCUCGAGAGCGUGCUCUAGAAAGAGCAAUGUCAGAGAAGGCUGCCUCUGAGACAAGAAACCGGGCUGAAAAGUCUGUUGGUGAGAGAUUUUCUGGUGGUUCAGGAGAUAAUGGAAGGAGGCAGAGCUUUUCACACAAUAAAUUCCUGCAGGAACCACAGAAUAAAGGCUCUAGUUCUACUAGCAAUUCAAGAUACCCCCACUCUUCAAGUCAAGUUCCCCACUCUACAGAGAGAUUUGAUGGAUCUAAUGAAGAAUCAGUUCAGAGGUGGAAAGCAACGUCUGAGAAGGAUCAAAGAGUAGCAGAACGCGCUGCAAAAGCUCUUGCAGAGAAGAAUACGCGGGAUCUUCUUGUUCAGAAGGAGCAGGCAGAGAGAAAUAGGUUAGCAGAAUCUCUUGAUGCUGAUGUCAAAAGGUGGUCAAGCGGGAAGGAAGGGAACUUGAGGGCUCUGCUUUCAACUCUACAAAAUAUCUUGGGGUCUGAUAGUGGUUGGCAGCCUAUUCCACUUAAAGAGAUCAUUGCCUCUAGUGCUGUAAAGAAAGCUUACCGUAAAGCUACUCUUUUUGUUCAUCCUGACAAGUUGCAGCAGCGGGGUGCAAGCAUUCAGCAAAAGUACACUUGUGAAAAGGUUUUUGAUCUUCUAAAGGAGGCCUGGAACAGAUUCAAUGUUGAAGAACGGUAGGAAGGGACCGUACUUUAUCGCCCAAGCCAAUUGAUUCAAUUAGAACAAAAUAGUUGGAUUUUUUGUUCGUCCGGCCAAAUCCUGGGCACAAAUUGUAAAGUUGUAACCACAUGAGUUUUGGGAAAAUAUUUGCUGUUCAAAGUCAAGAAAACGCAGGACUCGUUGAGCUGGCCGAAGCUGAAACUGCAAGUUAAAAGAAUCAACUCAAAACUUGCCACGAACUAAAAGUUACUUCAAGAAGAGAAGUCCAGGCAACAACAAAAACAUUCAGUUGCUAUAAGCUAAAAUUCAAGUUGUAACUGAAGAACAUGCAAGAUGAUAUAUCUUCCUUCAAAAUGCACCAUUUGAAAGUGCAUUUCGAAACAUAAUAAUGUUUUGAGUUCA